AUGAUUUUCAAGGUGCUGGUGCGCGGCCGCCCCGUCAAGCUCAAGUACUGCUUCACCUGCAAGAUGUUCCGCCCGCCGCGCGCCUCGCACUGCUCGCUCUGCGACAACUGCGUCGACCGCUUCGACCACCACUGCCCCUGGGUGGGCAACUGCGUGGGCAGGCGCAACUACCGCCACUUCUACGCGUUCGUGGUGUCGCUCUCCUUCCUGGCGGUGUUCGUGUUCGCUUGCGCCGUGGCGCACCUGGCGCUGCUGGCGCGCGGCGCCGGCCUGGCGCACGCGCUGCGCGCCUCGCCCGCCUCGGCGCUCGUGGCGGCCGUCUGCUUCCUCUCCGUCUGGUCGGUGCUGGGCCUGGCCGGCUUCCACACCUACCUAGCCUCCACCGACCAGACCACCAACGAGGACAUCAAGGGCUCGUUCUCGAGCCGCGGCGGCGUCUCCAACCCCAACCCCUACUCGCGCGGGAACGCGUGCGCCAACUGCUGGCACGUGCUCUGCGGCCCGCUCGCGCCCAGCCUCAUCGACCGCCGCGGCAUCCUGUCGGCAGAGAGUGGUGACUUGCCGCCGAUCUUCGUGCAGGUGCUCUCCACCGCCCCCGCCCCCAUCCAGCGAUCGCCCGCUCUCGCCGCCACCUUCGGCACGUUGCGGCACGACGGCGGCGAGUUGGCACCUCGACAUGCUUACAUGAACCACAGUCUGGACUUGGACCCCGUGCCGCUGCAAGAAGUGUGCAUAGGCGGCGGUCGAGGGGAGGGUCGGGGCGAGGGGCGCGGCGAGGGGCGCGGGGCGGGCAACGCGCUCAGCGCGUCGCGGCUGCAGCUGCUGCACGACACCACGAUGAUCGACGCCGCGCUGGACCUGGAUGAGCCCGAGGCGCCGCCCCAUCUGCCGCACCUGCCGCAUUUGCCGCACUUGCCGCACUUACCGCACUUGCCGCACGCACAGCAAGUGCCGCACUUGCCGCACGUGCCGCAAGUGCCGCGAGUGCCCGUGCACGGCGCCCCGCCGGCCGCGACUGCCGUCGCCGCUCUG